UUGGUAUAAUCUUAUGUGUCUGUGUUUUUUUAAAAUACAAUAAGUAUAAACAUGUAAAACUGAGAUGAAGUCUAAUAAUUUAACCAAAAAUUGAGGGAAUACAUAAUUUUUUGUUGAAAUGAAUUGAAAGAGGUUGAAUCGCUGAUUUUGCGGCUGAAUUAUGAAUAAUCGAAGGUCAACGCUUGGGAUGGUUCUUGUCAUACUCAUUGAUGAAGAUAAAGUGCGAGAAGCGGGGCUUGGGGAGAGCUUACGAGUCCGAGUAUCUAGGAUUGAGGAAGAUGAUAUCUUAUCAGGCUCUGUUCUAUGCAGUGUUGUAAGGCCAGUCCCUGCUGUUACACGGUUUGUUGCGCACUUGUCAAUCAAGGAGUUGUUGGAUAAUGUAUGAAUUGAAACAUAGCAUAUUUAUUCUCUUAUUUGCUUGUUAUAAAACUAGGUUUAUUGUAUGUCGCAUUUCGGUUGGCUUCUUAAGAGCACGACUUCUGCUAUGUGGUCUUCUUAUAUUGUGCAAAUAGAUGAACUUCAAUUGUUAAAUAGAUGUAUAUGAACUACUUUGGAGAUUGAGGACUAAAGUGGAUGCUUUACAAGAAAAUAUUGCUAGAGCAAGAGAUGUAUUCAGAAAUGUUAUUGAGGGGAUAAAUAACUAAAUUAGGCAUGCAGAAUGGACAAUUAGAGUGUGAUUUUAAUUAUGUAAAUAUUAAAUUAUUGUAUGUUAU